GCUAGUUUUGGAUACACAAACACCCUUGCUUCACGCACCCCUAAAAGGACCUGACUAUUGCUAUUGCUAUUCUGCUAAUGUCAUGGUGGAAAAAUUUAAACGUUACAAUUUGAUACAUCAUCCACGAGCAGUUAACAAUCCGAUUAGAUUUGAUUUACGAACCAGAUGAUCAGAGAAAUCAAUCACCAUUUCAAUCGAGUGAAGCCUCGAAAGAGCCCGUGAAAUCUCAGAUCAUCCUGUUAUUCGCCGAGCCUCAAUUCGGAGAAGGAAUCAACAAAUGCAGAACCGACGAUGAACGUCCCCGGUUGGAAACCCUAGAAGUUUCAUCUCGGUUUCUCAAGUAGAAGAAUCGAAAACGAAAACAAAAAGUCAUUGCCGGUGGUGAAUCCGGAUCAUGUCAGAAAUCUCAAGGGACAUGAAUACCUCAGAUGAUUCAAAUAUCGGGCCGGACUUAUUCCAAUACUACAUUCGCGGUGUAUCAGAGCUGCUCUCCGGAGAUGAUUUCUCACCUUCUUCUUCUCGAUUAGUUGGAACAGAAGCAAAUAAGAGCAUCGCAUCUAACGAGAAAACUUCUCCUGCUGGCCUUGGUUCCUUGUUUUCUAAUGCUGUAGGAGAUGGGCUCUCAGGUGUUGAGAAAGCAAGAUUGAUGUCAAUGCUACGCCAAAGUGUUGUUACCCUCACAAAGGAAGUAGAUGAGAUGUUGGGCCCUGUUUUUUCAAUGCAUCGGUUAAGAGCUCUUAUGGGACCUACAAAGACCUGUGCAAGAUUUCAAGAUUCAAACUGUGAAGUUGUGACUGAAAAUCAUGCACCAAAGAGACUUAAGGGAACACCAAAUGAACAAAAGGGUAUGGGUAUAUCAGAUAAGUCCUGUCAGAAUAAGGAAUGUGCAAAGUUUUCUGAAACGGACAAUAAUACCCAAAAAAGCAACACUAAUGAAUCCAAGUCAUUGUGUGGUGAUUGUUUAAAACAAGCAAAUGCCUCUCAUGAAUACAUGAAUGAGUCGUUUUUGGGAUCAACUUCUAGAGAUGAUAAAGAAAAUGGAGAGGUUAAUGAUGAUUUGCAAGUUCUUCUGGUAAACAGAGGUCCUAAGGUUGUAGAAAAGAUGGAGAAACAUUCUGCUGAAUUAUCUGCAAUGCUUGGGUGCAUGGAGGAUAAACUUGAAGAGCUUCUUGAUGUUAUCAUUUCCAGUUGCAGGCACAUGACACUUUUGGAAAAGCAUAAGCUACGAAAAUUAAUCGAAAAGUUGCCUCCAAAAAACUUGGAUCGUGUUGCGGAAAUUAUACAACGGGGAAAGCCAUCUGAAAAGCGAUCUUGUGAUAACAUUGAUGUUGAUCUACAACAAGAGAUGAAGAAGAAAAGAAAAAUCGUUCGAGGAGGCGGUAACUUCGUUCGAGGACGCGACAUCGAUGUUGGUGUGCGGCGGUGUCGUUGCAGGUGGCGUCCUUGGCGAACCUGGUGAAGGGAAGAACCUCGCACAUGGACCGGAGAGGAAGAGCCCGUUUGGUGAAGGUGUUCAUCGAUUGGUUAGGGCACAAUAGGAAAACACAUGUUUUUUAAAAAAAAAAAUUCAAACUUGGUUUAAUAUCUAAAAAUUUAAGAGGUAAAAAAUAAGAUGCAAACAAACAAUCUGAAUCUGUAUUUUUUAGACAUGCCUCUUAAUUUUGCAAUUAAGAGGUAAACAGACUGGGCCUAAGCGAGAUCUAACAAAUGACAAGGAAAGUUUGAAGCUUUAUACUCACAAAAGUCCAGGAGAUGCACAAAAUUUCUAGAUCUAAAGUUGCUUUUCUCCUCCAAGCUCCCAAAAGAAACCUUGAUCUUCAAGCUUUAAGCAUAAAACAUGGAAAAAUAAGCUACAAAGGUGAAGAGAGUCUCAAAACCCAAUUAAAUUAUGUAUCAAAAAAUGGAUGUUAAUGUCACCUAAAAGGGUGAGCACGUCCUUUUCACUGACUUUUAAGUGAGUUUGAACCACUAGAUCGACCAAAAAAGAUAUGUGAAGUUGGGUUCGAUGGAAACCCUAUAUUUGAAACUCAAUCCUACCACAUAAGAUCUUACGUGGCUUCCACAUCACAGUAUGGUCAUUUCAUUUAUUGGUAAGCUGCUAGAUUGAUGGUAACCCGUCAACUGGGUUAGAAGCGAUUUUGUAGGGAUCUUCAUUUAUAGAAGUCUUCAUUUAUUUGUUGUACAAAUAAAUCAACCUUAUAGGGGCAUUCAUUUAUUUGUUGUACAAAUCGACCUUAUAAGGGUCUUAGAUCGACUUUAUAAGGGUCUUAGAUUGACCUUGUAGUUGUCUUUAUUUACUUGUUGUAUAAAUCGAGCUUCUAAACUACAAUAGCAUCUCCUGAAAGGGUGACUAUGCACUUUUCGUGAACCAAUAGAUCGACUUUCAUUAGUUUGUUGUACAAAUCGAGCUUCUAAACCAUAAUAACAUUUCAUGAAUCGGUGAAAUCAAAAUUUUAUAGUAAUAUACCGACCUUCUUGCAAAUUGAAACUCGAUGUUAAAAUCGAAAUUAGGUAAACGUAGUGACUUUAUUGCAAUUUGGGAAAAGUGGUUACCGGGAGAACAGAAAGAACAAUCACUUGGUUGAUAUUGCAACAAAAUUAUAAAUAUUGUGACAUAAUUGACAAAAAAAUAACUCAGUGUCAUAAUUGAAAUUUUGUGGUAAUAUAAUAACUUUCUGGCAAUUUGCCCUUAUCCAAAUGUAUAACAUUCUUCAAUUCUAUAAUUAAACGGAUUUUUUUGAAGUAUGUCUUAACAAGAUUAUAUAUAUAUAUAUAUAUAUAUAUAUAUAUAUAUAUAUAUAUAUAUAUAUAUAUAUAUAAUGCUAUAUUUUCAUAUUUUUUUAACAAUACAAUGUUUUAAUAAAAAAAAGUGCAAUGUUGUUGAAAAUAAAAUGUAAGAAGCUAUAGUACAUAGGUGAAUAAAAGUUACUGUACAACGACCUUUUACAAAAAAUAAAAAACAAGCAGAAUGUUUUCAUUUAAAUUUCUAUUAGGUUGCACGAAAUGGGGUUAUUUUUUGAGUAGAUUACAUGAAUGGUCCCUAUGUUUGGAGUAAUUUGUACGUUUGGUCGUUAAUUUAUUUUUUAAUUCGGAAGUUCUCUACAGUUUGUUUUUGUUGCGUGUUUGGUCACUGUCUUACUUAAAAAGACUAUUUUUGCAUUGAUUUUUAAUUUAUUUACAAUAAAAAGGGGCAGGUAAGGUAAGAUAAUGUGAGGUGGAAGUGGGGUUGGGGGUGUGUUUAUUUAAAUAAAUUAAAAAAACCAAGGACAAAAUAGUCUUUUUAUGUAAGAAAGAGACUAAACGUGCAACAAAAACAAACAAUACAAACCUUCCUAGCUAAAAAAAAUAAAUUAAAGACAAAACAUGCGAAUUACCCCAAACCAUUAGGACCAUUCGUGUAAUUUACUUUUAUAUUUUUGUUUGGGGUUGGAGGUGCCGGGUACCCCCAAGAUGAAGACCCUUUCUAAAGUAGUACCGCCACUUUGCUCGCUUCAACCGAUCGCUCUCUCUCUCUCUCUCUCUCUCUCACACACACACACAUUAUCUCUCUCUCUCUCUUCAUUAGUUAGUUGUACCUCAUGCUUUAUAACUUGUACCAAAUAUUGUUUGUAUGUUUUUAGUUAGUGAAUUAGUUUUGUAUGUUUUAAUGUUUUUGUUAAUUAAUUUUGAAUGAUUUUAGUUACUGUGUACUUAUUUUAAAAUUUAAAAUUAAAUGAGUUGGGAAAGAUGAGUUUCUA